GAAAGGAGCGCGGAGCUGAGCUAGCGCGCAGAGAGUCGCGCGCCGCAGGAGACAGAAGCGUCAGUCAGACCGUUUGAGAGUCGAACGACCGCUCCCCAUACGGACAUUCAUCCGAAGGGAAUAUAAACCCGCUUGUUCUGGAUUUUUACUAACAGCCUUUUUAGCCUCAGCGCCCUACAGAUCGAGAGCCAAAUGUGUGACCUCAGCAUGGACCAAGUGGCCCCCGCUUCUUCUGGAUAUCGCGGCAUCCUCAAACGCCAGCCUGCCUUUGACCUCUUUGAGGACCCCAUGUCCCUGUUCUCGGGCGCCUGCUUCCCCUCAGAUGAUGACCAGUCUGUCCAGGAGGUGCCCUCGGGCCUCGACUUUACAUCUCAUGAUCUUGGCUCCUGUACUGUACCCCUGUUGACACCCUGCAGCAAGGCUGUGAUGAGUCAGGCCCUGAACGAGAGCUUCAGUGGAUUUGCCAAGGUCCAGCGCCGGUGUGGAAUUUCCCGCGAUCCUAGGUGCUGGACUAAGUCUCAUGUGAUGCAGUGGCUGCAAUGGGCAGCUAGUGAGUUCAGCUUGGUCAGCGUCAACUUCCACAAGUUUGGCAUGAGCGGCCAGGAGCUCUGUGACCUGGGGAAGGAGCGCUUCCUGGAGCUGGCACCAGACUUUGUGGGUGACAUUCUGUGGGAGCACCUGGAUCAGAUGAUGAAAGAUUGCCACAAAAAAGAAGACGUCCAGAACCUUAGCAAUACUGUGCCCUCCAUGCCGAACUGGAUGAAUAGCAAUUCAAGCAUCGGCUUCGGCUUGGAGGAAGCCCAGUGUGGCCAGCCUGUACCCAGCGGCAACAGCCUGCUGCGGGAGCUGUUUGAAAGCACCGACAAAACGCCCCUACUGGCACCGGAGCCUGGAUACCGUCUGUUUCCCAAGCCACAGUUGCACACUGUGAACGUCGGCUACAUUGCUCCUGGGCCGGAGUACCCCAGCAGUGAUCCGGGCGUGAGGCUGAGUGAAGCCUUCUCUUCUCGUGAGCACAGUUCUCUGGAGAGCGUUGAGAGCCUGGAUAACACUGGGUCCCUGCUCCGCUCCUGGAGCAGUCAGUCCUCGUUGGCUGACACCCAACGAGUACCUUCUCAUGACAGCUUUGAUGAGGACUGUGGCUCAGGAGCCCUUGGUGUGGGCAGGCAGGGGCUGUCAUUCAAAGAUUACGUGCAGGAGAGGAAUGAGCUGCCAGAGAUGGGCAAACCAGUCAUCCCUGCUGCCAUGCUGGCAGGCUUCACGGGAAGUGGCCCAAUUCAGCUAUGGCAGUUCUUGCUAGAGUUGCUGACGGACAAAACGUGCCAGUCUAUAAUCAGCUGGACGGGAGAUGAUUGGGAGUUUAAGCUCACAGACCCUGACGAGGUCGCUCGACGUUGGGGCCGCAGGAAGAACAAGCCAAAAAUGAACUACGAGAAGCUGAGUCGAGGCCUGCGCUAUUACUACGACAAGAACAUCAUCCACAAGACGUCGGGAAAGCGCUACGUCUACCGCUUUGUGUGCGACCUUCAAAACCUGCUGGGCUACUCUGCAGAAGAGCUGCACAUCAUGCUGGGUGUCCAGCCAGACACAGAGGACUGAACUGCUGGGGAAUGUGAGGAGGCGAUGGGAUGUCUUCUCCACGCCAACCCCAGGGGUGACAUGCGAAUGGUGGAGGCCAUCUCACGGCCUCUGUUUCUGGUGCAGGUCACACUACGUGCUGAAAGUCACCUUCUCUCCUCCCCUCCUAGUGGAGAUGGAAGUUGCGGCGCAUUCCUUUAAUUUCUGUCGACCGGAGUGCCGACUCGCUGGCGAUUGCCGCAGGGUGUAGUGCCUCCUUUUGUGUUCGACUCUUGUGUCUGUGACUGGCCUCCCGUGGAGACUUUGUGCCUCGGGUGUGGAGUGCAGUUUUUUUUUUUCUUUUUUGGCUCCUCCAUUAGGUGCCAGCAUGAAAUGUGUUUGUGCAGAAGUGGAUUCAGUCCUGCACCUUUUCAGGGAGACUAAAAGGAACAACCAUCCUACAAGAACAUAUUCGAUGUUAAUAAAAAGCUACGCACUGCUUGCUGUUAAUUGAGUGCCAUUAAUCCAAAGGGUUUUCUGCCAGUUAAAACUCACACUGUAUCGCACAAAGUUACAAGCUACCUGCUUUUUAUGUCCGAUUUGGUUUUGUGCGUAUUAAUUAGGAAUACUGAGCACAGCCUAGGAGUUGUAAGCUUUUACAUUAAUAUCCCCAAACAGGGAAGAAUGUGCUUAUGGUUUUUGUUGGAGUUUACAUCGCCUUCCUGCAAUAUUGUACAAACUGCUUCAUGCUACAAUAUCUCUCAGGCUUGGAAUCAAACCUGGGCUCAUUCUGGUGCAGGUUUAGCACAGGCGAGAAUGGCUUUUUCUCAUGUAUUUAAGGAAAUUUUUAUUUUGUUUAGAUUAAAGUGUAUAUUUUAUCAUAUUUAACAGUUGUAUUUGUAUUAUGUGCUGAAAAACUAUUUUGUUGAUUAAAUGAAUGUAUCAAAAUAUUACGUACCUGUAUUUAUUUAAAUGGAAAAUGCUUUCUGUCCUUAAGCCCAGUAUGUUCUGGGAUUGUUCCUUUUCUUUCUGUGGCCAAAGCGACACAUGGAUGUAUAUAAUUUUUGUGAAUUUUUGUUGUACACUUUGUCAUGUGCCUACUGACCUUACGGCUGUCAGAAACAUGGACAGACUGUGAGUGUAAUUACUAUGGCUGUGUUCGCGAAAUAUUUAGUAAGAACUUGGGACAAAGCCAUUUGUCUCAGGAGUGCCACCAGCUUUUUAUAAACAGCAUUGUUUAAAUUCUGCUUUUAUGUGACCUCCAGCUUUUUGUAUUUUAGCUGUAAGUUUAUAGGAGUCUGUUUAGCCUUUAUAUGUGGGUGAAACGACUGUACCCGGACAUGUACCCAGACGUUGGCACCCUCAUGAAAUCCUUGGCAUGUUAUUUUGCUGUCAGAUUGAGCAUUUCCACGCAUUUCCUGAGUGGAGUACAUCUGUAUUUUAUUUAUUUUUUGUGUUGGGUAGUGCUCUUCUUCUCACUGUAACAGGCAUUUUCUUGAAAAUACUGUUUGAGUUCAUUGUUUAAAAAAAAAAGCGAUUAUGUGCUUUGUGGGCAUUCUGAAUGAAUCUCUCAACUACAUCAAACCACUGCGAUGUGACGGUCUCAAAAUAAAGCUUUAUUUUUUUGUACA